ACAUUUACCAACACAUAACUCUUCUUACCAAUGUCAUUGCAAGAGGACAAUUGCUUGCGAGACAGACAAAUCGCCACUUUGGAGCGGAUGCUUCAUCUUAAUAAAGAUGGCUCUGCCGACUUGACGUUGGCAGUGCCGUCAUCCCAGGGCGAUGACCUCGUGUGGAAGGCUCUCGUGCUCGACGCCAAGUCCCAGAGCAUCAUCUCGUCGGUGCUACGAGUAAACGACUUGUUGCGGUGUGGAAUCACCAUCCACUCACUUAUAUCCUCUCCUAGAUCUCGGUUGGCAGACGUGCCCGUCAUCUACUUUGUCGAACCCACGCCAGCAAAUGUCUCGGCUAUCCUCGAUGAUCUCGCCGCCGACCGCUACGACGAUUUCUACAUCAACUUUACGUCGCUGCUUCCAAGAGCGCUCCUUGAAGACUUUGCUAAACAGGUGCUGUUGGCUGGUAAAAGCACCAAGAUCCGCCAAGUGUACGAUCAGUACUUGGACUAUGUGGUGACAGAACAGUCGUUGUUUUCGCUCGACUUUCCGAAUACUUUCACUCGUUUCAACCACCCAUCUACUAAAGAAGACGAAAUCCACCACCUCGCUGAAGUGUUGAGUAGUGGGUUGCUCUCGGUGGUGUUGACGUUAGGUUCGGUGCCAGUGAUACGGUGCCAGCGGAACGGGCCUGCAGAGCUCGUGGCCACGCAGUUGGACCUCAAACUUCGUGACCAUCUUGCAAACUCCAAGAGUCUUUUGUCGUCCCAGUCCUCGAUCCACCAACGGUCGGUGUUGGUGUUGUUGGACAGAAGCGUCGACCUUCUGUCAAUGUUUAGCCAUUCGUGGAUAUACCAGUGCAUGAUAAGUGAUGUUUUCCGGUUGAAACGGAAUACCGUCCGUGUGGACGGAAAAGACUAUGAUCUUGACCCCAAGGACUUUUUCUGGAAUAAGAAUGCCCAGUUACCGUUCCCGGACGUGGUAGAAAAUGCCAACGUCGAGUUGGAGCUGUACAAGCACGAUGCGCACGAGUUGACCGCCAGAACCGGUAUCACUUCGUUGAACGACAUUGAUGAUAACGACCACAACGACACUGGCAAGAUUCAACAGGCCGUCAAUGCUUUGCCCGAGUUGACUGCCCGUAAGGCUACCUUGGAUAUGCAUAUGGAUGUGUUAGCGUCAUUGUUGAAAGAAUUAGAGGCUAAGAGCUUGGAUCGGUUUUUUGAGCUUGAGCAGAGCUACAACAAUCCCAAGGUUCAAGCCCAGUUUUUGGAGCUUUUGAACGAACCUUCCAAGAAGAAUAAUAUUGCUGAUAAGUUGAGGACAUUCAUUAUUCUUUACUUGUUGGUGGACAAUCUCUCCAGCUCGUUUGUGGAUGAAGUCAAGGCCAAAUUCAACCAACUCGACCCCAAUCUUGACUUAAGUGGAUUGAAGUAUAUCGAGAAAUUCAAGCAAAUCAGCAAAUUGUCAAAUAUGGCAUCGUUGGGAGAGAUCGAAGCCCCGGGUGAGUUGAGUGGGGGACUGAACUCGGCGUUGUUCAAUAACUUGUCGUCAAGACUCUAUGGUCUCACCGAGGGCCGUCUUACAGAAGGAUUGAGUUCUCUUACUUCGGGUCUCAAGAAACUUCUUCCCAACAAAAAGAACUUGGCCAUCACCAGCAUCGUUGAAGCAUUCAUGGACCCCACAAACGCUUCAGGAGCAUCAGUGCAAAUCACCGACGACUACCUCUAUUUGGACCCCAAGUUACGUGGAGGACACUCCAAACCCCCCAAAAGACAGAGCUACAAGAACUCCAUUGUGUUUGUGGUUGGUGGUGGGAACUAUGUGGAGUAUCAGAACCUCCAGGAAUUGGCCGAGUCCCACCAGGGCAUUAAUGAUAUCAUUUACGGAAGUUCCGAUAUCGUCACCGCCCAGGAGUUCUUGGACGAAUGUACGGAAUUGGGUCGACUCGAGUCUUAAACGGAGAAUAUACAUAUAUAGAUAGCUACUAGUUACGAGCCUCAAUAAAGCCGGUGGCCUGUUCUAACACCUGGAUGGAUCUUCUUGAGUCCAAAAACAACACUUCACACUCUUCAACAUCAUCAAGAGUGAUUUCUUGACGACCAGAAGUUUUGGCCAAAAUCCCUGCGGGCAGCAACAAUUGUACCGAGUACCGCAACGAAGUGUUAACCCCAUGCUCGGCCAAUCUGUCCAAUGCAGGAGGUGUUACCACCAAUCCUUCCAAGGUAGCUCUUUUGCCCAAAAUGGCCCGAACUUCUUCCUGGGUAUACGACAACGUCCGCACAAUCAAUAACCGGUCAAUCAAGUCAGGAGGACAUCCAUGAGGCGCCUGGAUGUCGUCGUCAGCCCCGCGAACCGUCGUCAAGCCUCUAUUGGAAGCCAACACCACGAGAGGUGCAAUGGAGCUCUCCAAGGCCUUGUUCAAGUAGGUGAAAAUUUCCAUAUCCAACAUGUUCACUUCAUCCACAAACAACACCCCUGGAAUCAACUCGGCCACACCCUGGUCGAUAUACUUCGACACCACCUUGUUAACCUCCGUACGCAACUUGUCGGUGAUUUCAGUCUUUUUGGGCUUCAACAACUGUCCCAUCAUCAGAAGCACAUCCUGGCCUCCCUGAGGACGAGCAUUAGCCACGUCCAAGUCGUGCAAUGUCACGUCCUGGACAAUCUCCUUCUUUUUGUGCACUUCUCCCUUAGGCAACGGAACAUACUCUUCUGCUUCAAGGUCAUACUCGGUGGCAUAGGCAUCUGAACGACCAACCCGUUUGACGGUUCCGGUGUUGGCUUCAAUAUAGAUGACAUCACCAAUCGUCACCCGUUCCUUCUGGAUGCUCUCGUAGAUGCUGGGGUCCAACCGCAAGUUUUUGGUUCCUUUGGCAGUUUUUAACCCAACAAUCACAUGGCUGAUGGUCUUACCAUACCCACCCAAAGGGUUUUCGGUUUCUUCCGGUGUCAAUUCGAUCACCUCUCCCUCAUACACCUCUUUUGUUUCUUUGAUUCUUAAGCCAAUGGCUCUUCUGAAGUUUUCCAUCAAAGCGGCGGUUUUUUUCACUUCAGCAGAGUAGAGUUCACUACCAACAAUCGGGCAAAAGGGCACCUUGGGCCCAAGCUCCUGCGAGAUGGCGAGGGCCAACGCCGUCUUCCCAGUGCCAGGGGGCCCGGCGAGGAGAAUGGCUCUUCCACUCAUUCGUUUGGAUUUGAUCAAGUCCACAAUGAUUCCGCAAGCUUCACGAGCAUCGCUCUGGCCCACGAAGCCGCCCUCGAUUCGCUUGGCCACACCCUUUUCAUCGAGCCCAAGACCCUUGAUAUGGGUGUGGGCGGCGGUUCUGGCUUCACGGACCUGUCCGUCUUUUACGUCUGUGAUUUGUACCAUGGUGAUGAUGUA